UUGCUAGCGAUAGGUCAGGUUUGGUAGAACUUCAAGCUUUCCUCACCCAGAUUAGAUGCAAAAGACCAGAAACUUGUGCAGAUCUCAUCUACUCGCUUCUGCAAUACACCUCUACACAGUUUUUACAUAUCUAUAUCUAUAAUUAGAACGAGAGAGAGAGAGACAGAGAGAUGAAUAAGUGGGAAGAGGUAGAUCUGGAUGAAGUCGAUUGGAUGGUGUGAUAGGGAAAGAAUAAGUUUGUACUAAUAAUUUCUGUGAAUCAGGAAGGGAAGUUACAAACGUUAUCAUCUUCUUUCCUAUUCCACCCAUCCCAUUGAUUUCAUCUACUUCCUCCCCUUCCCCUUUUUUCUUAGCCUUCCUUUUUCUUCCAGAUCUAAGAUUGGCUCUUUCGUUCUUAUCUUUUUUGGAUGUAAUAUUAUUAACCUUGUUUUCACAUCUUUCUAUUAAGUUGCACACUCAUAUAUGUAUUUGAUGAUAUAUGAGCAUACACAUGAUUAAUCACUGAAAUUACAUAUUGAUAAGAUGUGAUAACUUGAAAUCCUACUUCUGUUACAAAACAUGGCAACGAAAGACUUGUAGGUAGGGUUUGUUCUCUUUGAUCUGACAAAUGACAUUUGAGUUUAGAUUAAACCUUUGCUUUCGUUAGUAAGCCUAUUGGGCAGCCGUUAAUCGUUAUCAUAUCCGUGUUGUAUGAACUAUGAACUGUGCCUAAUUCUCAUUAGGUAACUAUGAACUCUGCCUAAUUCUCAUUAGGUGGGCUUGAAUCGGAUUUAUUACUCUCACAUAAAUAAUAAAUAAUAAUAAUAAUAAUAAGUCCCUUUUUAAUUAUCACAUUGCGUAAAAAACACACAUCUUAGGAAUUAUAUUGUGUAACUUGUUUGCAUGCAUACAUCUAAUUUUUUACUUAAAUUAAAUAAAUGACAUAAAAAUGGAAAGUAAAUAAAUUAAUAAAAUGUUUGGAUUUAAAUUUGAAGCUCGGGAGAAAAAUUAGCGUUCUCAACUUUUAAAAAAGACUAGCAUUCUUGACAUAAGCAACUUCUGCUUUCCGGAAACAACCUUGUUAAAUUAACAAUAAGCAACUUCUGCUUUACUAAUUGGGAUUUGGAUCUCAUCAGUGAUAUAUUUGAAGAGAGAGAUCGUGAUUGUAUUUUUAAUACAGUGGUAGAGCAAGACUUGGACACUGAUGUGUUGAGUUGGAAAUUGGAAGCUUCAGGCCAAUUCUCAGUUAAAAGUGCUUAUAAAAUGUUACAAAAACAGAAAGGGUACUGGGAGCAGAGUCUCGAUGGUGAUUUCUGGAAAAGAUUAUGGAAAGUUCCAGCUCCUCCUAAAGUGCUUAAUUUUGUUUGGAGGGCGAUUAAUUCUGCUCUUCCUACAAAGGUUCAAUUGCAGUCUAAACACGUUCAAAUUAACAGUAUCUGCCCAGUCUGCAAUGAGGGGGAUGAGUCAAUAUUACAUGCUUUGGUUCAGUGUAGGGUGGCAGCUAAUUGUUGGAAGUGUGUUGAUCGUAACAUUGGAGGAAAUGUGAACAUGGAUUUCUCAUCAUGGUUGAAGGACAGAAUGGAAGGACAGGACAAAGGUGGAAAGAUCUGAAAAUUGUUGCCAAGGCGUGGGAAUAUCUUUCACAGUGGACAGCAGCUCAAAGUAGGUCUUCAGGACCAUCACUUCAACCUUCAUUUCCAGGUGAUGGUGCAAUUCUUUGGGUAAAGCCACAAUUAAAUGAAGUAAAGAUAUCAGCAGACGCAGCAGUGUUUCAGGACCAGGGCCAGUCAGGUAUAGGUCUUAUUGCUAGAGACCAUCACGGACAUCUUCUUUUAGCUCGUACCAGAAGCUUUCCAGCAGUGAUAAAUCCAAGUUUGGCUGAGGCAAUGGCGGUUAAGGAAGCAUUAAGUUGGGCCAAAGAAAUGCGGGGGAGAUCAGUUACUGUUGAAUCUGACUGUUUGGUGGUAAUUCAAAUGAUCCGUAGUGCUGCUCCCAUGAGAUCAAGGGUAGGGCAGGUAAUAGAGGAGUGUAGAAAAUUGGUUUCUGAUAUUAACAACUUGAAGUUGCAGUUUGUAAAACGGUCUGCGAAUAUGUCAGCUCACGAAUUAGCACGUGGGUCACAUAUGUAUCCUGAUCGUAUUUUUGAUUGGAUUUCUGUUCCGAUCAAUGUCAAAAAAUGUAUUCAGAAUGAUUUGAUUUAAUAAAAUCUUGCAUUUCGUC